CUUCUGUAGUGUGAGUAGCUAUGUGCUCGUCUUCGGUUCAUUUUUUAAAGAGAAAUUUCCAGAUUUCGUUAACAGUAGUGAAGUGCGUCGGAUUAUACCUGCAUGCCUUGUCCUUACGGCAUUUUGGAACAACACCUUGAAACAAUCGCAUCUGCGCAAUGGGCAAGCGACACGCAAAUAUCGCAGUACGGCGAGGUAAAUCAACUCGGUGGGGUGUUUGUGAACGGCCGACCACUGCCCAACGCCGUUCGAUUGCGUAUUGUUGAACUGGCCCAACUUGGCAUCCGCCCAUGUGACAUAUCGCGUCAGCUCAGAGUCUCCCAUGGAUGUGUAUCCAAAAUACUUGCUCGCUACCACGAGACGGGAUCUAUUUUGCCUGGUGCCAUUGGAGGAUCAAAGCCUCGAGUCACUACUCCCAAAGUAGUUGGAUACAUCAAAGAGCUUAAGAGUAAAGAUCCGGGAAUCUUUGCAUGGGAAAUUCGUGAUCGACUUCUGGCUGAUGGCAUUUGCGACAAGUAUAACGUCCCAUCGGUGAGCUCCAUUUCCCGUAUUCUCCGGAAUAAAAUCGGAACCAUGGCGCACCUGACAGGUAUACAUGAUAUUACCGUGACAGGCAACGGAGUUGUGCAUUAUGACAAGCACCACCAUCAUCACCAUCAAAUGAGUACUUCUGGCGUGGGCAACCAGACUACUUCUUCGGGUUCAGCUCUGUACAAUCCCUUGUAUCCGCCAUAUUCCCCGUACGGCGGAGUCAGCGUCGGAGUCGGUGUCGGCGUUCACCAUCAGUCGCCUAUCGCCACGACAAGCAUCGGACCUCACGCCUCGUCACGCAAUAACGCUCCUCUGUCACCCAGUCGCCCAUCUCCGGCCAUAUCUUGGCCUAGUUCUCACAGUGUCACAGACAUCCUCGGCGUCGGUCUCAACAUCAACGUCGGUCUUGGAUUUCGACCACCGCAAGGGCCGCCCAUGACAAUCACCGCGCAAUCCACUCCCAUGUGCAACAGCUCAGAGCCAUCCACCGCGCAUAACUACAACUAUAAUUACAAUUACUACAUGUACCUUCAGUCGUGCAAUUCCGCAGCGACGGCGCAUCAGCACGGAUCGUCCAGUUCCUUAGUGAACUCUGGCCACACGACGACUAGCGGUUCCGGACAAUCCAUCGUCAACAGUGUUCAUGGCAUUACAGCCUAAGAUACAUCUAUAAUACGGCCGUUUUCCAAUUCAAUGACGUUUUCAUGUUCUUAUAUGCAAUCAAGUUCUUGUGUCGGUCAAAAAUAAUGCUUUCAAUUUUUUCAUAUUUGCACAUUUACAGAGUGCAAAAUGAAAAUGUAAAUUGCAGUAUAGCAUAGCUAGAUGAUUGCUUGUCGCACGUGACUUAUAAUGUUGCAUAAUGUUAUAUUUAACGGAAUUGUUACUUUCUAAUGUGUUUUCGAAGAAAUUCAUUCAACCCAAAUAUAUAAUAUUGUGUAUACGAUCAACGUGUAAUAACCGAAUUUUCUAUUUUUUUUAUUGUUCUCACUUAUAAAUUGGCCGUCUCUUGACGUCUUGGCAAUCUGUUUUUCAAAUGUUUACGUAUGUGUUUUUGUUGGAUAUGUGAUGUAAUUGAAUAUGAGCUCAGAAGAUACAUAAUAUUAGAACUGA